AAAAUGACCCGAAACUCCAUCCACUGGUUCCGCAAGGGCCUUCGUCUCCAUGACAACCCCGCGCUGCAGGAGGCGGUCCGGGGGGCGGACACGGUGCGCUGCGUUUACUUCCUGGACCCGUGGUUCGCAGGAUCGUCCAACGUCGGGGUCAACAGGUGGAGGUUCCUCCUCCAGUGUUUGGAAGAUCUGGACGCCAACCUUCGAAAGCUCAACUCCCGCCUUUUUGUCAUCAGGGGUCAACCGGCCAAUGUGUUCCCGCGGCUCUUUAAGGAGUGGAAGAUCUCUCGUCUGACCUUCGAGUACGACUCUGAGCCUUUUGGGAAGGAGAGAGACGCUGCCAUCAAGAAGCUCGCCAUGGAGGCGGGCGUGGAGGUCAACGUGAAGAUAUCACACACUCUGUACGACCUGGACAAGAUCAUCGAGCUGAACGGCGGGCAGCCUCCGCUCACCUACAAGCGUUUCCAGACUCUGAUCAGUCGACUGGAUCCUCCUGAGAUGCCUGCGGAGACGCUGUCGGACGCGCUGAUGGGCGGCUGCGUCACCCCCAUCUCAGACAACCACGGAGACAAGUACGGCGUCCCGUCGUUGGAGGAACUCGGCUUUGACAUCGAGGGCCUUCCGUCAGCUGUGUGGCCCGGAGGAGAGACUGAGGCUCUGACCAGGAUUGAGCGCCACCUGGAGAGAAAAGCGUGGGUGGCGAACUUCGAGCGCCCUAGGAUGAACGCCAACUCGCUGCUGGCCAGCCCGACGGGCCUCAGCCCCUACCUGCGCUUCGGCUGCCUCUCCUGUCGCCUUUUCUACUUCAAGCUCACGGACCUCUACCGCAAGGUGAAAAAGAACAGCUCCCCUCCGCUCUCUCUGUACGGUCAGUUACUGUGGCGUGAGUUCUUCUACACCACGGCGACCAACAACCCUCGCUUCGACAAGAUGGAGGGAAACCCCAUCUGCGUCCGCAUCCCCUGGGACAAAAAUCCAGAGGCCCUCGCCAAGUGGGCCGAGGCUAAGACGGGUUUCCCCUGGAUAGACGCCAUCAUGACUCAGCUCAGGCAGGAGGGCUGGAUCCACCACCUGGCCCGGCACGCCGUCGCCUGCUUCCUCACCCGGGGCGACCUGUGGAUCAGCUGGGAGGAGGGGAUGAAGGUCUUUGAGGAGCUGCUUCUAGAUGCAGACUGGAGCGUGAACGCAGGCAGCUGGAUGUGGCUCUCCUGCAGCUCGUUCUUCCAGCAGUUCUUCCACUGCUACUGUCCCGUGGGCUUCGGCCGGCGCACCGACCCCAACGGGGACUUCAUCAGACGAUACUUACCUGUCCUCCGAGGUUUCCCCGCUAAGUACAUCUACGACCCGUGGAACGCUCCGGAGUCCGUGCAGGCGGCCGCCAAGUGCAUCAUCGGCGUCCACUACCCGAAGCCCAUGGUGCAUCACGCGGAGGCGAGCCGACUCAACAUCGAGAGGAUGAAGCAGAUCUACCAACAACUCAGCCGAUACCGGGGACUGGGCCUGCUGGCAUCAGUGCCGUCCACCAACGGGAACGGGAACGGGGGAAUGAUGGCCUACUCUCCUGGAGAGCAGCAGCCGGGGACCAACAACAGCAACAGCUCACAUUUGCUCGGAGUGUCAGGGAGCUCCGCUGCAACGGGUAACGGCAGCGUCCUACUCAACUUCGACAGCAAAGAACAGAAAGGGCCGAGCAGCGCCGGACAACGGCCGCUCCCCCAACAACAACAACAACAACAACAACAACAACAGCAGCAGCAGCAGCAGCAGCAGCAGCAGCAUGGAUUCCACUCAGUGCCAGACGGCAGCCAGACCCUCACCAGCAGCCGACUCUACCACGAGUUUGCGGUUCCUCAACAUCCAGGACUCCUCCUACACACCAGGGGCAGCAUCACAGGAAAACGGGAGCGUGAGUCGGAACGUGAAGCGUCGGGGGAGGAAGAACCGGCGUCCUGCUCCCUCCAUAAGAUGCAGAGGCAGAGUGCAGAG